AUGCGGCAGUACCAGACCUGGGAGGAGUUCAGCCGCACGGCCGAGAAACUCUACCUCGCUGACCCUAUGAAGGCACGUGUUGUUCUCAAAUAUAGGCAUUCUGAUGGGAGUUUGUGUAUUAAAGUAACAGAUGAUUUAGUUUGUUUGGUGUAUAGAACAGACCAAGCUCAAGAUGUAAAGAAGAUUGAGAAAUUCCACAGUCAACUAAUGCGACUUAUGUUAGCCAAGGAAUCCCGCAGUGUUGCCAUGGAAAUGGACUGACUGGUUUGAAAUGAAGAUUCUUUUUGUCAUGUUCCUAGGAAGUAAAUAGCUUUCGAAUUUGAGAAAGUUGACAAAAAAUACUUUAUGUAACUAAGUGAACUAUUCAAAAGCUGAGAGAUCAUUUUUUGUAUUUUAUUUUUAAUGUUUACUUUAGAGAGUUAGGAAUGUAAAUGCUUUCAGUUAGAAAUCCAUUAUUUAUCUUUGAAAAUUAAAUAUGAAAUGCAUCUGUCUUAGAAAGUUUUUGCAGGUUAUUUGAUGUUGACCAAAAUAUAUAAUUAUUUCUCUGGUAAGUUUAU